AUGAACUUUAGGAGGAUUUUCCUAGUCAAGUGCUUCCUGCUUUUAUUUCCCAGUGUAAAAUGCUCCAGCACCAAAUUGAUUUACAAGGCAGUGAAUGAGACAGUUCUUCUCAGCAUCGCUGCUGCUCAGAGCAUGCAUGAAGUGGCAUGGAAGAGAGAUGGACAAAGUCUGAUUCAGAUGAAAGAUAACAUACUUAAGUACUACGUGAACAAGAACGUGUGCAGGUGUAAGAUACUCCCAAAUGGCACUCUACAAAUACAGCAGGUGGAGAAAAAGGACAGUGGAAAUUACACGGGGACUGCUUAUCGCAAGGAUGGAAAAUGGAUAGCAGAAGAACACAUAAUGUUCUUCGUUCAGGAGCCUGUCCCUCAGCCAAUCCUCAGUGCUGAAUGUGUGAAUAAGACUGUAUUUGUCAAGUGUGAAGUGAAACAGAAGGCUAAAGAUGAACUAUUUAUAAUGGAACUGACUCAAUUUAAAGGCAGAAAAAUCCAGAAGAAUGUAACAAUAUUGGAAUUGAAUACACGGCAUCCUGGGACGUUCAGAUGUGUUGUUAAGAACCAGGCCAGUGAAAAAAUGACUGAAAAAGUAUUUACGUGCUCAG